AUGGCUCUGAGCCUCUGGCCCCUGCUGCUGCUGCUGCUGCUGCUGCUAUCUUUUUCUCUCCUUACAGUGAUGCUGGCCCCUACUGGGCCUCAGUCCUUGGACCCUGGUCUCUCCUCUCUGAAGUCAUUACUCUCCACUCUGCACCAGGUUCCCCAGGGCUCACUCAGCCAUUCACGGUUCUCUGCAUUCCUGGUCAACAUUUCUUCUUCCUUUGAGCCUGGGAGAAUGGGGGAGGAACCAGUGGGAGAGCCCCCACCUCUCCAGCCCCCUGCCCUCCGACUUCAUGAUUUCCUAGUAACACUGAGAGGCAGCCCAGACUGGGAGCCAAUGCUAGGUCUGCUAGGGGAUGUGUUGGCCCUGCUGGGACAGGAGCAGACUCCCAGGGACUUCCUAGGGCACCAGGCAGGUGUGCUGGGUGGACUCGCAGAGGUGCUUCUGGGAGCCUUAGUUCCAGGGGGACCUCCUACCCCUACCCGGCCCCCCUGCUCCCGAGAUGGGCCCCCUGAUUGCAUCUUGGUGGCUGACUGGCUGCCUUCUCUGCUUCUGUUAUUAGAGGGCACUCGCUGGCAGGCCCUUGUACAGGUGCAGCCCAGUUUGGACCUCACCAAUGUCACAGACUUUGAAGGCAGGGAGCCAGCUCCCCACCUUUUGCAGGGUCUGUUGGGCUUGCUCACACCAACAGGGGAGCUGAGCUCUGAAGAGGCUCUGUGGGGAGGUCUGCUGCGCACAGUGGGGGCCCCGCUUUAUGCUGCCUUCCAGGAGGGGCUGCUCCGAGUCACUCAUUCCCUUCAGGAUGAGGUCUUUUCCAUCCUGGGACAACCAGAGCCUGAUGCUAAUGGGCAGUGCCAGGGAGGAAACCUUCAGCAGCUGCUCUUAUGGGGUGUCCGGCACAACCUUUCCUGGGAUGUCCAUGCGCUGGGCUUUCUGUCUGGAUCGCCACCCCCACCUCCUGCCCUUCUCCACUGCCUGAGCAUGGGUGUGCCUCUGCCCAGGGCUUCCCAGUCCUCAGCUCACAUCAGCCCUCGCCAACGGCGAGCCAUCUCUGUGGAGGCCCUCUGCGAGAAUCACUCAGGCCCAGCACCACCCUACAGCAUUUCCAACUUCUCCAUCCACUUGCUCUGCCAGCUCACCAAGCCUGCCACCCCACAGCCCCCUCCCAGCACCGGUGCCGUCUGUCAGACAGCUGUGUGGUACGCUAUGUCAUGGGCACCAGGUGCCCAAAGCUGGCUAAAAGCUUGCCAUGACCAGUUUCCUGAUCAGUUCCUGGAAGCCAUUUGUAGCAACCUCUCCUUUGCAGCACUGUCUGGCCCCAACCGCCGCCUGGUAAAGCGGCUCUGUGCUGGCCUGCUUCCACCUCCAACCAACUGCCCUGAAGGUUUGCCCCCUGUUCCCCUCACCCCAGAGAUCUUCUGGGGCUGCUUCUUGGAGAAUGCGACUCUGUGGACUGAGCGGCUGUGUGGGGAGGCGAGUCUGCAGGCCGUCCCCCCUCGCAAUCAGGCCUGGGUUCAGCAUGUGUGCCAGGGCCCCACCCCAGAUGUCACUGCCUCCCCACCCUGCCACCUUGGACCCUGUGGGGAGCGCUGCCCAGAUGGGGGCAGCUUCCUGAUGAUGGUCUGUGCCAAUGAUACCAUGUAUGAGGCCCUGGUGCCCUUCUGGCCUUGGCUGGCAGGCCAGUGCAGGAUAAGUCGUGGGGGCAAUGACACUUGCUUCCUAGAGGGGUUACUGGGCCCUCUUUUGCCCUCUUUGCCACCACUGGGACCGUCCCCACUCUGCCUGGCCCCGGGUCCCUUCCUGCUUGGCUUGCUGUCCCAAUUGCCACGCUGUCAGUCUGCUGUGCCAGCUCUUGCCCACCCCACACGCCUACACUAUCUCUUACGCCUGCUGACUUUCCUCCUGGGACCAGGGGCUGGAGGGACUGAGGCCCAAGGGAUGCUGGGGCAGGCCCUGCUACUAUCCAGCCUCCCGGACAACUGCUCCUUCUGGGAUGCCUUCCGCCCAGAGGGCCGUCGCAGCGUGCUGCGGACAGUCGGGGAGUACCUGGAACAGGAGGAGCUGCCGAACCCAUUGGACUUUGAGUCCUCUACCAGCCACAGUUCUGGUAUAAGCAAGAUGGAAUUGCUGGCCUGCUUCAGUCCUGUGCUGUGGGACCUGCUCCAGAGGGAGAAGAGUGUUUGGGCCCUGCAGAUUCUAAUGCAGGCAUACUUACACAUGCCCCCCGAGAAUCUCCAGCAGCUGGUGCUUUCAGCAGAGAGGGAGGCUGCUCAGGGCUUCUUGACGCUCAUGCACCGUUCCUGGGCCCAGUUGCAGGUACCGCCAUCGGAAGAGCAGGCCCUGGGUCGACUGACAGCCUUGCUGCUCCAGCGGUACCCGCGCCUCACCUCCCAGCUCUUCAUUGACAUGUCACCACUCAUCCCCUUCUUGGCUGUUUCUGACCUGAUGCGCUUCCCACCGUCCCUGUUGGCCAAUGACAGUGUCCUGGCUGCCAUCCGGGAUUACAGUCCAGGAAUGAGGCCUGAGCAGAAGGAGGCUCUGGCAAGGCGACUGCUUGCCCCAGAGCUGUUUGGGGAAGUGCCUGCCUGGCCUCAAGAGCUGCUGUGGGCAGUGUUCCCCCUGCUCCCCCAUCUCCCACUGGAGAACUUUUUGCAGCUCAGCCCUCACCAGAUCCAGGCCCUGGAGGAUAGCUGGCCAGCGGCAGGUCUUGGUCCAGGGCAUGCCCGGCAUGUAUUACGCAGCCUGGUGAACCAAAGUGUCCAGGAUGGAGAAGAGCAGGUGCGCAGGCUGGGGCCCCUUGCCUGUUUCCUAAGCCCUGAGGAGCUGCAGAGCCUGGUGCCCUUGAAUGAUCCAAUGGGCCCAGUGGAACAGGGCCUGCUGGAAUGUGCAGCCAAUGGGACUCUCAGCCCACAAGGACGGGUGGCAUAUGAACUUCUGGGUGUUUUGCGCUCAUCUGGAGGAGCUGUGCUGAGCCCCCGGGAGCUCAGGGUCUGGGCCCCUCUUUUCCCACAGCUCGGCCUUCGUUUCCUGCAGGAGCUAUCUGAGUCCCAGCUUAGAGCCAUGCUUCCUGCCCUGCAGGGAACCAGUGUCACACCUGCCCAGGCUGUCCUACUGCUUGGACGACUCCUCCCCAGGCGUGACCUGUCCCUGGAGGAACUCUGCUCCUUGCAUCCUCUGCUGCCAGGUCUCAGCUCCCAGACACUGCAGGCCAUCCCCAGGAGAGUUCUGAUUGGAGCCUGUUCCUGCCUGGCUCCUGAACUGUCACGCCUCUCAGCCUGCCAGACGGCGGCGCUGCUGCAAGCCUUUCGGGUGAAAGAUGGAGUUAAAAAUACAGGUACAACAGGUGCCAGUGCAGCUGUGUGUAUCCCUGGUCAGCCCAUGCCCACCACCUGGCCAGACUGCCUGCUUCCCCUGCUCCCAUUAAAGCUGCUACAACUGGACUCUGCAGCUCUUCUCGCUGACCGAAGGCGCUACCGGGAGCUACCAUGGUCUGAGCAGCAAGCACAAUUUCUCUGGAAGAAGAUGCAAGUACCCACCAACCUGACCUUGAGGAAUCUGCGGGCUCUGGGAACCCUGGCAGGGGGCAUGUCCUGUGAGUUUCUGCAGCAGAUCAACUUGAUGGCAGAUUUCCUUGAAGUGGUGCUCAUGAUCUAUCAACUGCCUACUACGGUUCGAAGAAGCCUGAGGGCCUGUAUCUGGGCAGAGCUACAGCGGAGGAUGACAAUGCCAGAGCCAGAGCCAGUAACCCUGGGGCCAGAACUGAGUGGGCUAGACACCAGGCUACUUCUGGACUUACCGAUUCGGUUGAUGGACAGACUAUCCAAUGAAUCUGUUAUGCUGGUGGUGGAGCUGGUACAAGGCGCUCCAGAGCAACUGCUGGCACUGACCCCAGUUCACCGCACAGCCCUGGCAGAGAAGGCACUACAAAAUUUGGCUCCAAAGGAGACAACAGUCUCUAAGGAAGUGCUGGAGGCAUUGGGCCCUUUGGUUGGAUUCCUGGGCAUAGAGAACACAAGACGGAUCCCCCUACAGAUCUUAUUGGCCCAUCUCAGUCAGCUGCAGGACUUCUGCCUUGGAGAGCCAUUUGCUACAGAGCUGGGACGGCUGCUGUCGCAAGAACCUGUUCUCGGGAAACCAGAAUUGUGGACCCAGGAUGAAGUAGAGCAAGCUGGACGCCUAGUGUUCACUCUGUCUACUGAGGCUAUAUCCUUGAUCCCCAGGGAGGCCUUGGGCCCAGAGUCCCUUGAACGGCUCCUAGAGAAGCAGCAGAGCUGGGAGCAGAGCAGAGUUGGGCAGCUAUGUGGAGGGCCGCAGCUCAGUCCCAAGAAAGCAGCCCUGGUAACUGGGAUUGUGCGGCCUGCUGUGGAGGAUCUACCAGAACCUGUGCCAAAUUGUGCAGAUGUACGUGGGACAUUUCCAGCAGCCUGGUCUGCAGCCCAGAUUUCAGAGAUGGAGCUGGCAGACUUUGAGGACUGCCUGGCACUAUUUUCAGGAGACACAGGACUUGGGCCUGAGGAGCUCCGGGCAGCAAUGGGCAAGGCAAAGCAGUUGUGGGGUCCUCCCCGGGUAUUCCGUCCUGAGCAGAUCUUGCAGCUGGGCCGGCUCUUAAUAGGUCUAGGAGAACGGGAACUGCAAGAGCUAAUCCUGGUGGACUGGGGAGUGCUGAGCACCCUGGGGCAGAUAGAUGGCUGGAGCUCUUCCCAGCUCCGAGUUGUGGUCUCCAGUUUCCUGCGGCAGAGUGGCCGGCACGUGAGCCACCUGGACUUCCUUCACCUGACUGCUCUGGGUUACACGCUUUGUGGACUGAGGCCCGAGGAAUUACAGCAUAUCAGCAGUUGGGAGUUUAGCCAAGCAGCUCUCUUCCUGGGCAACCUACCUCUCCAGUGCUCUGAGGAACAACUGGAGGUACUGGCCCAGCUCCUUGUGUUGCCUGGUGGUUUUGGCCCAGUCAGUAACUGGGGGCCUGAGAUCUUCACUGAGAUUGGCACAAUAGCAGCUGGGAUCCCAGAUCUGGCUCUUUCAGCAUUGCUGCAGGAACAGAUACAAGGACUUACCCCUCUGGCCAUUUCUGUCAUUCCUGCUCCUAAAUUUGCUGUGGUGUUCAGCCCCACCCAGCUAUCUAGUCUCACAAGUGUUCAGGCUGUGGCUGUCACUCCUGAGCAAAUGGCCUUUCUGAGUCCUGAGCAGCGACAAGCAGUUGCAUGGGCCCAGCAUGAAGGCAAGGAAAGCCCAGAACAGCAGGGUCGAAGUACAGCCUGGGGCCUCCAGGACUGGUCACAAUCAUCCUGGGCCCUGGCACUGACCAUCUGCUCCCUUGGCAACCUGCUAUGA